GCUCGUGCUGUGAUGGGGCUACAGAUCCGUUAGCGCUCUUCUUCCUCCUGCUCUCACAUCAUGGCUCCCUCCGCGGACAGRCAGGGCUUCUGGGGCCAGCCGACCUCCACGCUGGACUGGUGUGAGGAGAAUUAUGUCGUCUCGGUUUACGUCGCUGAAUUCUCUGUAGGUGUUGGUUCCUGGUGCUUCCACAUGACACUGCUGUAUGAGAUGCAGUUACUGGAUGAACUGCCRAUGAUUUACAGCACGUGUGUCUUUGUCUACUGUCUAUAUGAAUGCUUCAAGCAAGAAAACAGUAUCAAUUUCUUCCUCAUUGCAUUAUUAUUAGUCUUCAGUGUCUUAGUCACUUUGGUGUAUUUACAGUGGAAGGAGCCAGUGUUUCACCAGGUCAUGUAUGGUGCUCUGGUAGCUUGCCUGGUAUUGCGAUCGAUUUUCAUUGUUACAUGGGUGUACCCAUGGCUCAGGCCGCUGUGUUACGCAUCGUUAGGCAUCUUUUUGUUUGGCUUCCUGCUGUGGAAUAUUGAUAACAUCUUCUGUGACUCACUAAGAUCCAGCAGGAAAGUGCUGCCCUCUGGUGUUGGAGUAGUAACACAGUUCCACGCCUGGUGGCAUAUCUUCACAGGUCUUGGAUCCUACCUGCACAUACUUCUCAGCUUGCAGAUCAGAUCAACCUACCUCAAGUACAGACCAAAAGUUAGGUUUCUGUGUGGAGUUUGGCCCACGUUACACGUCGAACCACAGAGGAUGAGCUGAAAGAUGGGUUGGAGACCAGCUAAAAGAUGGUGACUGCCAAAUUCAGACCCUGUUGGCACAAUAACUGCUGGUGCGUGCCAGCAGCAGCAGCAGAGCAGCACUGAGACGAGCAGGUGAACCUCAGGGCACCGCCUUAGGAACCUUUGGUUGUCUGCUGUGUCGAAUGACUACGUAUGGUAUAACACUGAGUCAAGUUAUAGAAAAUAAGAGUUUUUUAUUAUUAUUUUAAUUUAUUUGACUAGUUUUUCUCUGUCUAUUGUAGCAUUAACAUUUCAUUUACUAAUCCAUUUUAAUUCCAUGAAUGAAUGAAGCACARUAGUCCCACACACUGGAGAUCAUUGAAUGUGAAUGAAUGUUUCACUGAUUGAAGUUUGGAAAAAAGAAUUAGUGCAAUCAUUUUAACUUAAACUGUUUCUUUUAUGUUAAUCUAUGAAGAAGGAUGAUUCCAUUAAAGUCUGAUUGAGUUCAGGUCAUGUUCCAGCUGUUCAGCUGCACUUAGCCACAUGUGCAUGGUUUUGUUUCCCACAGUGUUUACUAGUUCUAAUUGUAAUUCUUACAUUUACAAAGUAAAAGGUUACUUUGUAARAGAUGGUUCAGUCCAGUUGGGGUGAAAGUGAAAAGUAAAAGUUUUGUAAAUAUCUGAAUUUGGCCUCCUAAAGAGGACAAAAGUAUCCAGUCUCCUGUGCCUAACAUGGCCUACUUUGUCAUUAAGACUGUCCCCAUAAUCCCUGGGAAGUGGACGCAGAGGGACACUUUGUGGACACUGGGUUUUUAUUAUUGCACAGAAUCAGGCAGUCGUGCAGCCGCCCCCCACCAUGCUGGUUGAAUGUAMUGGAGUUGAUUUUAGAAAGAGAACCAGGCAGUUUUAGAUGCUUGUUAUUUAUCAGUGUUGUGGUUUUUGGACGUGGACAUGUUGUCUUCRGAGCAGAUCACGUCUCAGGUACAGCUCUUCUAACAGGUGUGUGAUGGCUGCCAUCCUUCUGACGGCUUCUUUUCAACUUGUUCAAAAUUCAAACUAAAAGUCUGCCCGUCUUUUUGACAGAAGAGGACAUUUUGAAGCAUUUGAAGACAUUUGUGUGUAAAGUGGUGUCGAGCAGUUGCAGCCCAGUACUGGGGGGUGUAUUAGUGUGUAUGAGUCCCCUCAGUGUCCGUUCCAUGUUUUACUACUGACUACUGCAGUGAUAUUAUUAACCUUCACACAUGUCAACAUGACACAGCUGGAAUACUGACCUCUGAAGUCACAUUUUAUUGUAUUUUAUUGCCAAAGUUCUCAGGUUUUACAACCUGUAAAACACGAGAAAUUUUACUUUUUAGAUUUUUAGUUUAUUUUCCUGAAGCAGUUCAGUGACUAUAAAAUAYUAUAGUUCUUUUUAAAAAUAAUCUAAAUGAACACAAAUGAGACUGAUAGAUGGAAGAUACUCUUUAUUUCUUGUCCAAACAGCAGAACAUGUUUAUGAAUCAGCCACUAGGUGGCAGACUCUCCUGACRCUGACAGGAUGUGUUGAUGAAGUUCAACACCUGCCCUGCUGUGGACCUCCUGGUCCUCUGUUUAGGUUCGAUGAGUGGUUUUGCUGCUGUGGAGCUGUAUUAGAAGAACUGAGGCAGGAGUUGGAGGGAGCGGGUAGAUUAGAUUCUGCACCACCAUGUAUUUGUUGGGAGAUGUUCCGUGUGCGGCCUCCUGAGACCGCACUUUAUACUCCCGCCUCCUACGAAGCAUCCAUGUAGUCAGUUUUAGUGAGGGCAUGAGCACAACACAAGUAUUAACACCGUGCUGAUGUCUGCUCGUCAGUGAAAGGAGCAGUUCUCCUACAGGGUGCCUUAUCAUCAUCAUCAUCCUCAUCACUGCAGUUGAGCCCAAGUUGCCUUGAUGUUUGGUCUGAAGCUCUCAGUUUGUCCACAGGUUCUGUUUCCUCCUUCAUUCACCACAAACACUAACAGCUGCUGAUGCAAACGGUGUUUGAUUUUUUUGGCUUUUGUGAGUGUGUGAGUGUGCGUGUGUGUGUUUAAAAAGGUGAUGAGUUGUAAAACACUGAAUGUGUGGACCACAGCACCGGUUCAGCUGAUCACUCCAGUCUUCAAAGACUUCCUGUUUGUCCAAAAAAAACAAACGACUCAUGAGUAUUCAGCACCUUAUAAGACAUGUAAUUGUUGCUGUUGUUGUUUUUAUUAUUGUGACACUUUUCUGUGGCACAACUGUGGACCCACCCAGACCCCACUGAAGGAUAAAAGCAAUAUAAGAAGGAUAAAAAGUACCUGAGCUUUUAAAAACAGGUCAUUACAUUAUUACAGUUCUAAAGAUCAGCUGGCAGUCUUAAGCUCCGCCCACUUCAUUCUUCCAGCUCAAACCUUCCCAUGACUCCUCCCCUUUUAGACAACAUAAGUCCUAUUUACGCUCGUAUUAAAUCUCUUUUAAUGAUUAAUAAAUGUUGAAUCAGGUGUGAUGUUUGACAUUAAUGAUAAACACUUCAAAAUGUUUUUUAAAUUGGUUUUCAGUUUUUAUUUUAUCUUUAUAAUCAUUUUUAAUAUUUGAGUUUUACAC